UAAAUGAAUAAAUAAAUAAAUAAACAAACGACGAAAUUCGUAGACAUCGCAGAGUCGCCACUCUUCCUUCCAUUCGAGCUCAGAGCAAAGAGACGGCGAGAAAAUGGCGUGGAGAGGACAAUUGUCGAAGAAUUUGAAGGAGCUUCGGAUUCUUCUCUGCCAAACAUCCCCUGCGAGCGCUACCACCAGAGCAUUUGUGGAGAAGAAUUAUACGGAUCUGAAGAAACUGAACCCCAGAUUGCCAAUCUUGAUCCGGGAAUGCAGAGGAACUGAGGCUCAGUUAUGGGCUAGAUAUGACUUGGGCGUUGAGAGGGGCAUUCGUUUGGAAGGUUUAAGCGAGGCGCAGAUCUCGAAGGCACUUGAAGAUCUCGUGAAAGUGGGGGAAGCGCUUAAAAAGGCUUGAAGGAUUGGUUGUUUGCAUUCAGAAGUCAAAAACAAAAUAAAUUAACCUUUCAAGGGGAAAAUCUUUCCCAUGAAUACUUGCCCUUUUUGUUUUGCAUCCCAUGCCUCUCUUUUGAGAUGAAUAGUUUAUCCUAAUGGUUUGCACUUCAUGUUCUGUAAUAUGAACCGGACGGUUGAUUUAUGUACACUUGGUGUGAAAUUUUAGGCAUUUAUGUAGAUCCCGUUUAUUUCA